AUGUUCUGGCGUCGCUCUCGUCUCACCUAUGACCCGAAGCAAUUCCCCAACUACCGCCCUUACCCCGAAACCGGUUUCCAGCGCCUCAUCAAGGAGUGUCCGAACGUAUUUCACUUCAUUGCAUUCACUGUCAGAUUCCAGAUUUCUAUUUUCAGUAUCAUCCUGGAGUGGUUCUGCAUGAUGAUUCGCAGCCCCCUCCAGUACUCGAAGCACAACGACUGGAUCCUCGACCACUACAAGGCGAGCCCUACUGCCUCUCACAUGCUUUGGGGAGCUUUCAUCACUGCCUGGUCCUCUCACUUCUUGUACCGUAUCGGAAAAGAGGUUUGCGAGGUGAUUCUUGAUGCUUAUGACGAUCCUGUGUGGGCUAUUUACGAGAUCUGGGAUCUUGGAGCAUACUCGCAGUUCCUUUUUAUCCGCACCAUCUUUUUCACCCUGACUACCAUCUUCAAUUUCAUUUGCUUUUGGACUGUCUUCCUCUACAACAUGUCAACAUACUCAUUCGUCGUCUCCCUCGCCCUGCUCGGCGCUGUUGCCAUGUGGCAGUUACACUAUUACUUUUUCGUGUAUACUCCUCAGGAAGUCCCUGAAGAGCCCACAUACCAGUCCCCUGAGAAAGAAGUCCUCUCUACACCGGACAUGCCAAGUCGCUGCUUUCGAGUACCCACACCUUCUACUGGAUCUUCUACUUCUUCUUCCCGGUCAUCCUCUGAGCAUACCCCCCUUCACCUUCGACCUCGACCAUCAAACAAACCCCCUGGCGCUGCAUACGUCAAAGUAUCUCCCCAAGCCAUACAAAAGCUUCAUGACGAAGGAGUCUUAGCCCCAGAACCCACCAGAGAACCCGACUACUCCUAUCUAAAACCCUUCACCGGAAAACGCACUACCAACUUCAGCCGCUCCGAUGCAAAAGCGCACUUCCGAAGAAUCAGGGAAAUCGAGAGGAAAAAAGGCAUAAUAUCAAACAGCCCUGACCCUUAUAAAGAUGAUCCUCCCUCUCCUACCGCUCCUACAAAGACCGCGUGGAUUUAUUCCGCGAUUGAUUCUGUCGAGCGACAGCUUCGAUUCAUCACAGAAGAUGUCACCGAGAUGAACGUGCUGGUUAACACUUUCAGAGAAAAAGGCACCGUCCGCACUCUUCCCGAUGCCUCACGCGCUAUACCUCACUCGCCUCGAACCCAACGGCGAUACGCAACUCUCGCUGAGAAAGAUCGCAUCGGAGAAGUCGUUGGAGAUUACACACGUGAGAUUGACUCCAUCGGAAAUCGUGUCUUCCGUCACCAACCCGGCGUUGAAAAGGCUCUCAAACGGAUCGACCGCCUCGUUGCCCACGCAGGGGAUGCCGUUUCCCGCGCAAUUCGUAAAGAGGUCGAAGGUUGCAAAAACCGUGCUGCCUCCAGGUUCAAGGGCGCGGAAGAGGCAAUUACGAGCGCUAGGGGAGUUGAACAGCUUUGCCUUGAUCGCAAAGUGAAGCUGGAGGCCCACGCCACAAAGUUACGUCGUAUGGACCGGACUCAGGCUAAGUAUCCUGACAUUUCAAUCAUUGAUGACUACUAUGGUUGA